AUGGAAACCAGAGUCGCUUCCCUCCCCCCCAUCCCGGCUCUUCACUCUCACUGUGCUCACUCCUCGAGGCCCUCGUCUUGGGUGCUCGUCGCCAAAACCAUGGUCUAUCCCUCGCGGAAAUCCGCCAUAGGAGAGCUCAAGCUCUCCGUCUCCGACAUGCCCAUGCUCUCCUGCAACUACAUCCAGAAAGGGCUCCUCUUCCCCCGGCCACCCCUCCCCAUCCAACACGUUCUCACCCUCCUCAGGCGCUCCCUCUCGAGCGCCCUCUCCCACUUCCCGGCCCUCGCCGGCCGCCUUGUCACCCACCGCGACGGCACCAUCUGCAUCUCGUGCAACGAUUCCGGCGUCCCCUUCUCCCACUGCACCCUCGCCGCCGCGACUGGCGGUUGUGGCCCGGUACUCAGCCUCCCCCAUGUCGCACUGUCGAUUUCUACGGUCGACGUGCCAGUCGCGGUCAAGGAGUUCCUCUUCGAUCUGGACGGCGCCGUCAGCUACGAGGGCCACUUCCGCCCUCUGGCAGCCGUCCUAGUGACGGAGCUCUCCGACGGCUCCCUCUUCAUCGGUUGCACCGUCAACCACGCCGUCGUCGACGGAACCUCCUUCUGGAACUUCUUCAACUCGUGGGCGGAGAUUUGUCGUGGCGGCGCUCUCGACGCCGCCGGCAGCGUCUCCCGGCCGCCGGUAUUAUCCCGCAACUUCUUCGGCGAGUCCACCGCGGUGCUCCGGUUCAACGACGACCAAGGCCCGACGGUGACCUUCGACGUCACCGCCCCCCUGCGUGAGAGGAUCUUCCGCUUCGAAGGGGAGACCAUCAGGAAGCUCAAGGCCCUCGUCAACCGCCCAUUCUCACCACCCGAUUCGAACCGGGCGGCGGAGAUAUCCUCGUUCCAGUCGCUGUGCGCGCUGCUGUGGAGAUCGGUGACCCGGGCACGGCGGAGCAGGCUCGGCGACGACGCCACGGUGACGCUACGGAUGGCGGUCAACUGCCGCCACCGGGUUGAACCACCCGUUGACUCGCUGUACUUCGGCAACGCCAUCCAGAGCAUCCCCACAUCGGCGCCUGCGGGGGACGUGGCGGCGCGGGAUCUGCGGUGGGUGGCGGCGCUGGUCCACGGCAGCGUGGCGGCGUACGGGAAGGAGACGGUGAAGCAGGUGGUAGCCGAGUGGGAGCGGGCCCCCAGGUGCUUCCCUCUGGGAAACCCGGACGGGUCGGUGCUGACGGUGGGGAGCUCUCCGCGGUUCCCCAUGUUCGACAACGACUUCGGUUGGGGCCGGCCGGCGGCCGUGCGGAGCGGCCGGGGCAACAAGUUCGACGGGAAGGCGUCGGCGUUCCCGACCCCCGCCGGCGACGGCGGCGUGGACCUGGAGCUCUGUCUCGCCCCUGACAUCAUGGCGGCGCUCGUCUGCGAUCCCGAGUUCAUGGCGUACGUGUCCCACCCGUAA